AUGAAGAAGAAAACCAAAAGCAAGGCUUCACCGUCAUUCACGGUGAAUGAUCUAGAGCUUGUCCCUUCGGUAUCUGAGACGCAGGACAGGGGAGACCAGGAGACUAUUCUCAGCCUUAUUGCUAGCCUGUACCUCGACUCAGGCUAUAGCGAUUUGACCAUCAUUUGCAAGGAUGAGGUCUUCUCGGCUCAUAAGCUCCUCGUCUGCCCCAGAUCAGAGUAUUUUCGUAAAGCUUGUUAUAGCGGGUUCAAGGAAACCGAAAACCCGAUUUAUCUGGACAAAAAAGACCCGAUCCUAAUUGAGAAGGUGCUGGAAUUCCUAUACACGGGAAACUACACCCUCCGAUCCCGCACGCCUAAAUCGGAAAACCCACAGACUGAUGCCGGUGAAGCGCCUGCAAUGAAUACAGAGCCUGCAGGAGAGCCAACAAUGGAGCCCCUGCCCGAGGAACUUGCCAUAGAUGAGCCUGCGGCAGAAAUUGGGGGGGGGACCGAUGAAACUGCUAUGGCAGCUCUAGAGAACACCGCAGAGGGACUUGUGGAUGAAUCACCGGUGCACCAGGAACCAGCUCCAAUUGACGAAAACCUGGAGAAAUACCCAUCCGAGCAAAGGGGCGUCGUGGAGCCCGUGGCCGAUACAGUAGCUGACUGUCAUCCAUCUCACUUCCAUGUGCGCAUGUAUGGCGAGGCGGAUUACUUCAUGAUCGGCGAUCUGAAAAGCAAAGCGGAGGCACACUUUCGUGCAUCAUUCAUGAAUUGUCCCGAAAGAGAGUCCUUUACAGAAACGAUCCAGGAAAUUUAUUCGACACGAGCCAACUAUCAGGAGCUGAGGCAAUUGGCGAUUCAAAUGAUAGUUGACAACCUACCGAAUCUUCGAACAGGGCUCACCCCUGUGAUUGAUCCUGAACUCAUGAAGUCGAUGCCCGAUUUUACGUACGAUUUAUGUCAAGCGACUCUAGACAGGUGGAUGGGGCACCUAUUAUGGAAGGGAACUAGUUCCGUGUGA